GAACGAGCCCCGCUCCGCACAGGGCCUCCCGUAGCUCUCCAAAAUGACUAAACAACUCUUCCUCCUCCUUUUCCUCUUCCACUUCCUCAUCCUGAACCGAGCCGCCUCGGCCGAUCCGGACCCCCUCUUCGACUUCUGUGUUGCUGCCCCGAAAUCCACACACUACCCCGGCCACUCCCCGAACUUCCCAAACCACCCCUGCAAAGACCCAUCUAAUGCUACCGUUGAGGACUUCAUCUACACCCUCCAAUCCCUUUCCCCCGAGAACAUCUCAGCUGCUGGAUUCUCUGCCCUCGCCGUGGGCCCCAGCCUCUUCCCCGGCCUCAACACCUUAGGCAUGUCCUUUGUGCGAGCCGAAUUCGCCAGGGGUGCCGUCAAUGUACCGCAUUUUCACCCCCGUGCUACAGAACUGGCUUAUGUUCUUGAGGGUGAGAUUUAUUCCGGUUUUGUCGACUCGAACAACCGGAUCUUUGCGAGGAUUUUGAAAAAUGGUGAGGUCAUGGUUUUUCCAAAGGGCUUGGUUCACUUCCAAAUGAAUGUGGGCAAGGGCAAUGCUGUAAUUUUUGGGUGUUUUAAUAGUCAAAAUCCAGGGUUGGAGAAGUUGCCUUUUACUAUUUUUGGGUCUGGGAUUGAUGGGGAGCUAUUGGAGAAGGCGUUUGGGAUGAGCAAGGGUGAGGUUCAGAAGAUGAGUGGGAGGUUUGGGCCAAAGGAAAUUAGGUGAAUGUAAGGGUAUUUUGGGUGUUUUAUUUGGAGUGAAGGGUUUUGGAUUUUUUAGAGAGAGGAGGGUAGUUUGAGUCUUUUGCUAUGAGUUAUCCUCUGGAUUUUACCCUUUCUUUAUGUAUUCAAGAAAAUGUGGGCACAUUACUCAAAUCCCUCUUGCGUGCUGCGUGUGAUGAAGAGCCGAAAAUUUGCAGAAUUUCUGGCAUUUUGAACAAUCAAUUUUGGUAAAAUAAGAAUUAUAUAUUUGCUUC